UAGCCAUGCUUAUGCGGGACGAGCCCCACCGCUAAACUGACUCCGCAUUAUCUCCGAAACGACCAAUUAAUGGCUUUCCGCGCAACGUAAUUUUUGGUCGGUCUGUUAUCGAUUCGGCUAGUCAGACUGGGGUCUUACGAGCAGUUUACCGUGUAUACGUACCCGCAUCUAUUGCAUGGAAUACCGUUAGCAGCGUUACAUGGAUAUGCGGUGCAAUAUCAUUUUGCUGAAUACACGGUUGCCUUCACAUUUUCAGGGAAUAUAUAAUUACAAAAAAUGGAUUGAAUAGGUCGAUAGCUAAUUAGCUUCGACGUUGGUGUUCGCCGACGCGUAACUACUAGAAGUAUUAGUAAACCUUUCACGUUCUACCUUCGAGGAAACGCUGAACAUGGACACGCAAACCUACAUUUUAAGCGUAUGAUGGACCAUUUUACUGAUCAAAAUGAGCAGACGAUUCAUAUUUAACGCGAUGGUUUGACAAAAGGAGCCAAAAAUACGUUCUACGUUUUUUUUUUUUAUAUAAUAGUCACCUUUCAAUCGAGCUGCUAUAUCACAUGAUUUUGGGAUUACGUGGAGAUCAUUUAAGAUUCCUUCACAAUGUCGAUGCGGACGUGCCGAAACGCCUUCGCGAUGGUUCUCAUCUUCUGCUUGUGUUGUGUGGCGCUCUUAGCAUUUAUGUCAGUCUACAUCGACUAUUCCGGAACACAGCCAUUCAAACCGCCAGCUUUGUCCAUAAACUCUCGCAUCAGAUCGAGAAUCAAUUCGGAACAGAUAUUGGAGCACAACAGCACAAAAACAUUACCUCUGAAUGACAGAGAUUAUAAAAAAAACAAUAUAAGUUCCAAUACAUCAGCUUCUAUUGUGACGUCACCUAAUUCGACGUCGAAUGAGAAGGGUCAAGAUGAAACAAUAGACCAGGUACAGGCGGAUGAUCUAAAAGAUGACAUAGAAAAACGUGCUGACUUACGACAGCCCACGAAGACCCACGACGUUAAGGAAAAAACAGUAUCCUUGAGUCCGUGUCCAGGUUCGAUGGAUCUUCCAGAUGAACAGCUUACACCACGCAAGGAUCCAACGACCCUUCAAAAGGUCAACUUUGAGCUCUUAGGCAACUCAUUGCAGAAAACCCUAGAAGCGACCGACAUCGCCAAUAAAUCCCUCCCAAGCAUCAUCGUAAAGCGGAAGUCAAUCCAGGAAGCAGCUAGCUCCAUUGACCAGACGAUCUCCGAGAUGAAUCUUGCUGUCGACUUCGAUGAUUACCGACUUCUCCCCGGUGGUCAUUGGAUUCCCUUGUCAUGCAAAUCGCUUUUGAAGGUUGCCAUUGUGGUACCGUUCAGGAAUCGAUUUGAUCACCUACCGAUAUUCCUUCGUCACAUUGUGCCCUUACUCAAAAGACAAAAACUUGAAUUUUCCAUCUUUAUAUCAGAGCAGAGAAACGACAUACGAUUCAACCGAGCUAUGCUGAUGAACGUCGGUUUCGUCGAGGCCCUCAAUUUCACAAACUUCGACUGCGUCGUCUUCCACGAUAUUGAUCACCUCGCCCUCAACGUCAAAAACUAUUUCGGCUGUGAAAAUAUGCCUAGGCAUUUUAUAUCUGGUGAAGCUAUGUGGGGCUGGAAGAUAAUAUACGAGAAUCUCUUCGGCGGUGUUACAGGCAUAACCAAGCAACAAUUCUACACAAUAAACGGCCUAUCAAACGUCUACUGGGGGUGGGGCGGCGAGGAUGACGACUUCGCUGGCAGGGUACAAUCCAAGGGUCAUAAACGAACACGACCGCAGGGCAAGAUCGGAUACUUCGAUACAGUCAUUCAUGGAAAAAAGGAGUCCAGCGCGUUUAAUGAAGCCAGGUUCUGUCUCCUUAGGUAUUAUAAACAACGGAUGCCGACGGACGGAGUAUCCAACUUGAGGUACGAACCUCCAACGAUAGAGCUUCAUCCCCUCUACACCAACAUAUCUGUAAACAUCCAGAAGUUACCAUGGAAUCCAAGUUGGCAUAGAUGUCCGGGGCAAUGACAUAUCUAAUACAUUAUAUAUGCUCUAGAUCGGGGCCAUGUUUCAUAAAACUUGUUUUCAUUGAUAUAUUACAAUAAUUGUUAUAAGCUACUGAAAUCCUUGCAUUUGAUUGGCUGUGAGCAGUUUUGUCAUAGAUAUGUGGCAGUUGUUAUUGAUAACGAUUUUUAUGAAACAGAGCCCUAGGUCCCGUAUAACGACAGUUGCACUCAAUCGCAAAAUAGCAACGACCAAUCAAGAUCAUCGUUUCAAUAAUAUAUAUUGUUCAAAAGGCUUGCCUUCAACCAAUCAGAAUCGUUGUUGAUAAUUUGCAAUUGAUCUGCAAACGUUUGCGUUACGGGAUUCUGAAUUAGUUAACAUCAUUAGCUUUGGUAAUGAUAUAAAUUGCCUAUGUUUUAUUUAUUUAAAAAAAAAUUACCACAUGAUCAUUAAAUUAUUAUGUAGUCCUUUUUUGUAAAUGCAAUAUUUCUUUUUCUUCCUCUCUUUUUUUGUAAUAGGUGUUUUGUUUUUACAUUGUCUCUAAAUUUGUUUCUACGUUGUCUUUGUUUUACAUUUCUAUAUUGCAUCUAUAUUAUAAGGCCCAUGCCUGUCAAAAUUGACAUUCGUGGUGCAAUUGUGCGAAAAUGAUAUAAUUGUGGGCAAAAACCUAUAAAGUAAUUCAAGAAAAGAAAGCGAAUAAAUUUGAUUUUUUUUUUUUUUUUAAUUUUUUUUUUAAAACCUACUACAGAACAAAAUUUUGCACAAACAAAUUUACUUUAAAACAAGGGGGUCGAGGUGCACAUGCUGAAGAUAUAUUUUUAGGUUAUUUUCUCUACAUAUGGUAUUAGCUAGAAAACUAGACUAUUUUAACUUCAUUUUCUCAUUUUGCUCUUUUUUAGUUAACGAUGACAACCUACAGUUUGCAAACCAAGCUUUCUACUUCAUUCCUUCAUAUGUUUUCAUUUGUCUGAUUUCAAUUUAAAUACUAGGCAAUUGUAUUUAUAUCUCCGUUCGAUGUAUCGAAACUAUCAUUACUGACAUGGCCAGAAAUUAUUGUAUAUAUUUUUAUACCUAAUGAGAGAAUAAUUUGUAUAUUCUGAUUGUUAUCAGGGAGAUUCUUUAUGAUUUAUGUAAUGAGUGUAAAUGUAAAAUUUGAAGGCUAACAAUGAAACCGAAACUGAAACUUAAACGGACAGUUUUUUUUCGUAUUUCUUGGAAUAUGUUAUGGGUACCUAAAGAGUGGGACCGUAUAAACACAUUGUGUUAUGAUUUUAUGGUGAUGAUUUUUAUAUUUAUAAGGUGUUUUAUUCUCUCAAUAAAUGAUGAUGGUGAUAAUAAUGAA